AUGAUUCCCCAACAACUUGGAAAUCUCUCAAGUUUGCUCUAUCUUGGGCUUGGACAUAAUUUAGACUUAUAUGUUGACAACCUUCAUUGGGUGUCUAGUCUUUCUUCAUUGGAAUCACUAGACUUAUCUUAUGUUGAUCUUAGUAAGGCAUAUGAUCAUUGGCUUUUAGCAAUAAAUAUGAUCCCUUCCUUGCAAGAAUUACACUUGUCCUAUUGUUAUCUUAGUCAUAUUCAUUUUCCAUCUCACAUAAAUCUUACAUCCCUUGAGACACUUGACCUGAGUUACAACUCUCUUGAGCUUCGAGGUUCAAUUCCUUGUACCUUUCGAAACAACAUGAGCCUUUUAAAAUAUCUUGAUUUGUCUCGCAAUAAUAUAGACUCUGUCAUUCCUAAUUGCUUAUUUAGUUUUUCUAAUCUUGAACACCUCCACCUUUCUAAUACUAAACUGCAUGGAGUUAUCUCAAGUGAUGUAGCAAAUUUGACCUCUAUAGUCAGUUUAAACUUGAGAAGUAAUGCUCUAGCAGGAAAAAUCCCUUCAUCUAUGGGAAAACUCUGCAAUUUGAAAGAAUUUGAUUUAGGAGGCAAUAAUUACAAAGGCAGUGUCUCAAUGGUUUUCGAAAGCUUGUCAGGUCGCCUUUCUAAAAGUUUGAAGUCACUGAAUUUGGGGAGGAAUUUUUUCGAUUCCUUUGGUGGCCAAUUAGUGGAUAAAAUAAAAGAUUUUGAGAAUUUAGAUGAUUUCUCUCUUCAAUCUAAUAAAUUUUCAGGCCCCAUUCCAAUUCCAAUAUUUAAAAACAUAAUAUCCUUGAAGUCUUUAGAUCUUUCUUAUAACAAUUUUAGUGGACCUCUUCCUGAAAGCUUAGAUUCUCUCUCAAAGUUAGAAUCUUUCUACAUUUCCAAUAACCAUUUCAAUGGUCCUCUACCAAAAAAUCUCGGGUCUCUCUCACAAUUACAAAAACUAAUAAUUUACAGUAACCAUUUUAGUGGUCUUCUACCAGAAAGUCUUGGGUCUCUCUCACAAUUACAAACACUAAUAAUUUCCAAUAACCAUUUCAGUGGUCUUCUACCAAAGAGUCUUGGGUCUCUCUCAAAUUUAGAAUAUCUUUCAAUUGAAUCAAAUUCUUUUGAAGGUAAUGUGUGUGAGUUUCAUUUUGCCAACCUCAAAAAGCUUAAGCACAUAUUUGCUUCUGAAAAUAACUUGAGCUUUAAAGUUUAG